AUGUCGAAACGCGCGCAGUUAUUGGAGAAUGAGAAGCUGGUGCGAGCGCUGUGGCAGGAAGGCCGCGUGUACGACGCGGCCGUGCCGGCCUCUCGCUCCGCCGACAAGUACUUCUGCACAUUCCCCUACCCGUACAUGAACGGGCGGCUCCACAUCGGCCAUGCGUUCAGCAUGUCCAAGGCCGAAUUCCAAGCUCGUUUCCAGCGUACCCAGGGCAAAGCUGUGCUGUGGCCGUUCGGCCUGCACUGCACUGGUAUGCCUAUAAUGGCAUGUGCCGACAAGAUGAAGGCUGAGCUAGCUGAAGCUAAGGACCUUGGUUCGUCAGCUCCAACUGCCAACUCGGAGGAUCUCCCCGUCGAAACCACGGGCUCCGAGGAACAGGCACAGGAGAAGGAUUGCACGAAGUUUAGUUCCAAGAAGAGCAAGUUGACCGCUAAAUCUAAUGUGAAGAUGACCCAGAUGGAGAUUAUGCGCCAUAUGGGCAUCAACGACGACGAGAUCCCCAAGUUCGCCGACCCCCAGCACUGGCUGACCUACUUUUCGCCUCUGGCGAUACAGGACCUGCAGCACUUCGGUACAUCGGUGGACUGGCGCCGCACGUUCAUCACCACCGACCGCAACCCCUACUACAAUGCGUUCGUGGAAUGGCAGUUCACCCGCAUGAAGGACUUGGGCACCCUACACUUUGGUUGCCGCGCUUCCAUUUUCAGCCGCUCUGUGAUGCAGCCCUGCGCCGAUCACGACCGUGCUGAAGGUGAGGGUGCGACUGCUCAGGAGUACACUGCGAUAAAAAUGCAUUUGGAGGAGUCGCCAUUCAGUGUUCUUGAUUCCCUGGAUGCGGUUUACGCGCCGUAUAAGGACGUGUUAGCGUCUAAACAGGUGUUCUUGUUGGCUGCAACGUUGCGCCCUGAGACAAUGUACGGCCAAACGAACUGCUUCGUGCUGCCCGAAGGUUCCUACGAGGUGGUGUUGGGUUUCAGCACUCCUAAAUUGCACUUCAACGAUUUCGGGGUUGUGGAGACCAUAGUCAGCGUUGAGGAGGCCGUUAAGAACUGUGACUGCCUCUACGUCGCAUCUGCACGUUCCGCCAUGAACAUGGCGUACCAGGGUCUGGUUCUGCUCCGUCCCCCUCAAGCGCCGUCAACACUUAGCGAAGUGCACUCUGUGGCUCGUUGUACCGGAAUGGAUUUGAUCGGCUCCGCUCUGCGCACCCCUCUGAGCGUGCACGAGCGUAUCUACGUGUUACCGAUGUUGACGAUCUCGAUGGAGAAGGGCACCGGCAUCGUGUCAUGUGUUCCCAGCGACUCCCCCGACGACUACAUGACGCUGUCGGAGAUCCGCAAGAAGGGCGCAUAUUACAAGGAGAAGUACAACGUCGACGCCCUCCACUGCAGUCUCGACGCGGUACCGGUGAUCGACAUCCCCGGCCUCGGAACUUGUGCCGCCGAGCUGGUUUGCCAGCAGGAGAAAGUAGCCUCCAGCAAGGACAGUGUGAAACUUGAGCGUUGCAAAGAGAUUUUGUACAAGCGUGGAUUUUACGAGGGCGUGAUGGCUGUUGGACCCUACACCGGCCGCAAGGUGUCCGAAGUCAAAGAGAUCAUCAGGGAUGAGAUGUUGAAAAACGAACAAGCGUUCGUAUAUUACGAGCCGACUAAGCGUGUGGUGGCUCGUGCCGGCGACGUCUGCAUCGUUGCCCUGUGCAACCAGUGGUACACCAAAUUCAGUGACGAGGCCUGGAAGCAGCGCGUGCUUGCCCACGUGAGCGACCCUUCUAGGUUCACGUGCUAUUCCGAGUCCGCCUUGAACCAGGUGAAGCACGUCGUGAGUUGGUUGGACAACUGGGCAUGCAGCCGUUCUUACGGUUUGGGCACGGUGCUCCCGUGGGAGGAUAUUAAACAAAACAAGAACUCGCUUAUCGAGAGUCUGUCCGACAGUACCAUCUACAUGGCGUACUAUACCAUUGCCCAUUAUUUGCAAGGCGACAUUUUUGGCACAACCCCUGGUUCCCUGGGUCUGACGGCGGAGCAGCUUACCCCAGAGGUGUUCGACUACAUCUUCCACCUGAGCGACAAGACGCCAUCCGGCCUCGACGCUGCUAUGUGCGACAAGCUGCGUUUAAUGCGGGACGAAUUCUCGUACUGGUACCCGGUUGACCUACGCACUUCCGGCAAGGAUCUGAUUUUCAACCACCUGACGAUGAGUCUGUUCGUUCACAACGCUAUAUGGGGAGGAGUGAGUUCAAUCGAUGCGAUGCCGAGGUCGUACCUCUGCGUGGGUCACAUUCUCGUCGACGCUGAAAAGAUGUCUAAGUCCAAGGGCAACUUCCUGACGCUCGAGGACGCGAUCGCGCUGUACACCGCCGACGGUACCCGUGUGGCGCUUGCCGAUGCAGGUGACGGUCUGGAUGACGCCAACUUCGCCAAGGAGACGGCGGAGGCUGCCGUGCUGAAGUUACACAGCAUUCUGCAAUCGGCGCAGUCCGACAUGGAGCUUGCCGGCCGUACCAACAGCGGCAGCAGCCUCUCCGAGUACGCGAAGCGUGUCUUCAUGAACGAGCUCUGCGUCCUUGCCGAGCGCGCUAAAGAGGCCUACUCGAACUUCGUGUACCGCGAUGCGCUGAAGUACUGCUUCUACGACUACAUCAACGCUCGCCGCAACUACAUGCAAAUGUCCCAGGGCGACGUCGACCAUGCCGCCCUCACGAUGUACCACGAAACCUUCUGCCGUAUCGCCAACCCGAUCAUUCCCCACAUGUGCGAGUACAUCUGGUUGAAGGUGUUGGGCCACAGCACAUCGCUGGUGGGCGAGGCGUGGCCUAAGCUUCCUGCCAUCGACUGGGCUCUUCAUAGGCAGGUGAAGUUGUUGUACAAGAACCUCGACGAUUUCCGCAAGUGCAAGGAGAAGUCGCAGGCAACAUCCAAGAAGCGCAAGGGCGCCGCACCGGUUGCGGAAUUCACGGGCGCGGUCAUCUACGUUGCCAAGGAAUAUCCGGCACUACAUCAGGAGGUGCUGCGUGCGCUCCAAGCCAUGGAUGUCGUCAGCGGCGCCAUGACCGAGAAAGACGUCAUCAAGGCACUGUCGACCUCUGACCUCGUCAGCAAGGCUUCAGUGGCUGACAAGAAAGCCAUGCUCGCAUUUGCGAGCUUCCAACUGCGUGACGUAGCAGUUAUGGGCAGCAGCGCCCUGCUGCUGGAGCUGCCAUACUGCGAGCUGACAUUCCUGCGUUCCAUCCUGCCGUUCGUGCAGCAGUCGCUAGAGGUUACCGGUGAGCUAUGA